CAGCGGGACCUGAGAGAGAGCAUCAGCCGAAGAUGACGAUGAUGAUGGAGAUGCAGUAUAAUAAUAAUAACAAUGGUUAUGGAGUGGAAGAGUACAUGAUCCAGGAGGAUGAGUGGGACAGAGACCUGCUGCUGGACCCCGCCUGGGAGAAACAGCAGAGGAAGACGUUCACGGCCUGGUGUAACUCUCAUCUGCGUAAAGCGGGGACGCAGAUCGAGAACAUUGAGGAGGAUUUCCGUAAUGGCCUGAAGCUGAUGCUGCUGCUGGAGCUCAUCUCAGGUGAAAGACUUGCCAAGCCUGACCGAGGGAAGAUGCGCUUUCACAAAAUAGCCAAUGUGAACAAAGCUCUGGACUACAUCACCAGUAAAGGAGUCAAGCUGGUGUCCAUCGGUGCUGAGGAGAUUGUGGAUGGGAAUGUAAAGAUGACUUUGGGAAUGAUCUGGACCAUCAUCCUCCGCUUCGCCAUCCAGGACAUCUCAGUGGAAGAAACGUCCGCUAAAGAGGGUCUCCUGCUGUGGUGUCAGAGGAAAACGGCUCCGUACAGAAACGUGAACGUGCAGAACUUCCACUGCAGCUGGAAGGACGGUCUGGCGUUCUGUGCGCUGAUUCACAGACACAGACCGGAUCUGAUCGACUUCUCCAAACUCAACAAGGAGGAUCCGCUUGGAAAUCUCAAUCUGGCUUUAGAAAUUGCAGAGAAACACUUGGACAUCCCUAAGAUGCUGGACCCAGAAGACAUCAUCAACACCCCGAAGCCUGAUGAGCGAGCCAUCAUGACGUACGUGUCCUGCUUUUAUCACGCAUUCGCUGGGGCAGAGCAGGCAGAAACAGCAGCGAACAGGAUCUGUAAAGUGCUUGGAGUGAAUCAGGAAAAUGAGAAACUGAUGGAGGAGUAUGAGAGACUGGCCAGUGAGCUGCUGGAGUGGAUCCGCCGCACCACGCCGUGGCUGGAGAAGCGAGCGGCCGAAAACACCAUGGCCUCCACCAGGCGCAAACUGGAGGACUUCAGAGACUACCGGCGCGUGCACAAACCUCCCAAAGUGCAGGAGAAAUGCCAGCUGGAGAUCAGCUUCAACACACUGCAGACCAAACUGCGCAUCAGCAACAGACCCGCGUUCAUGCCCUCAGAGGGGAAGAUGGUGUCUGACAUCACCGCAGCAUGGCAGGGUCUGGAGCAGGCAGAGAAGGGUUAUGAGGAGUGGCUGCUCAGUGAGAUCAGACGUCUGGAGCGUGUUGAACAUCUGGCUGAGAAGUUCCAGCAGAAAGUCUCCACACACGAGAGCUGGGCGCAGGGAAAGGAUCAGCUGUUGACACUGAAGGAUUAUGAGAGCGGGUCACUGACAGACGUGAGGGCUCUGUUACGAAAACACGAGGCAUUUGAGAGCGAUCUGGCUGCACAUCAGGACAGAGUGGAGCAGAUCGCCGCCAUUGCACAGGAACUCAAUGAGCUGGAUUAUCACGCUGCUGCUGUCAUUAAUGAACGCUGUCAGUCCAUCUGUGACCAGUGGGAUCAGCUGGGAACUCUGACCCAGAAACGCAGAGAAGCUCUGGAGAGGACGGAGAAGCUCUUGGAGACAAUCGAUCAGCUGUUUCUGGAGUUUGCUAAGAGAUCUGCUCCGUUCAAUAACUGGAUGGAUGGAGCCAUGGAGGAUCUGCAGGACAUGUUUAUGGUUCACUCCAUCGACGAGGUCCAGAAUCUGCUGUCGGCUCAUGAUCAGUUUAAAGUGACUCUCCCGGAGGCGGACAGUGAGCGUCAGGCCAUCAUGAGCAUCUAUAAUGAGGUGCAGAAGAUCUGUCAGAGUUACGGCAUCAGCAGCAAACUCUCCAACAUCUACUGCAGCAUCACCUCUGCUGACCUCAACCAGAAGUGGGAGAAGGUGAAGCGUCUGGUUCCUCAGAGAGAUUCAGCUCUGCAUGAGGAGUUUUCCAGACAGAACAUGAAUGAGAGACUCAGACGACAGUUUGCAGGACAAGCCAACGCCAUUGGGCCCUGGAUACAGACACGCAUGGAGGAAAUCGCUCACAGUUCUGUGGAUCUGGGCGGUGCGCUGGAGGAUCAGAUGAACACACUCAAACAAUACGAACACGACAUCAUCAGCUACAAACCCAACAUCGACAAACUGGAGGGAGACCACCAGCUCAUACAGGAGUCGCUCAUAUUCGACAACAAACACACCAACUACACCAUGGAGCACAUUCGUGUGGGCUGGGAGUCUCUUCUGACCACUGUCGCUCGCACCAUCAACGAGAUCGAGACUCAGAUCAUGAUGCGCGACGCUAAAGGAAUCAGCCAGAAACAACUCAACGACUUCAGAUCCUCCUUCACACACUUCGACAGGAAGAAGAAGGGGGGUAUGGAGACUGAUGACUUCAGAGCCUGUCUGAUCUCUAUGGGAUAUGAUCUGGGUGAAGCAGAGUUUGCGCGGAUCAUGGCUUUGGUGGACCCCAAUGGUUCUGGAGUGGUGACGUUUCAGGCGUUUGUGGACUUUAUGACCCGUGAAACUGGAGAAUCUGACACGUCUGAGCAGGUCGUGGCCUCCUUCAGGAUUCUGGCGGCUGAUAAGCCGUAUAUUCUGCUGGACGAGCUGCGGCGUGAGCUUCCUCCAGAGCAGGCUGAAUACUGUAUCUCCAGGAUGCCUCCAUAUAAAGGACCCGACGCUGUUCCUGGAGCUCUGGAUUACGCUGCGUUCUCCACUGCACUGUAUGGAGAGAGUGACCUCUAGAGGCCUGGGGACCUGCAGAUAAUGCUGAAAACACAACCUGAGCACAUGCAUGAGAUCAGAUUCCCGCCAAAAUUAUCACGGUCACGGAUUAAAUAAUAAUAAUGUCCAUAACAAAACAUCCUCAAUGAGUAUGUUUACAUGGACACCAAUAAUUUUUGAAAAAAUCAGUUUUAAUAUGAUUAAGUAUACAUGUAUAUGUAUAUGUCAAACAUGCAUACUGCACCUUCAAGUCAAUCACAUUUAUGUCAUCGAUUACUCAAUUAUCAUUCACUCAAUUGUUGUUUCCAUAUUUGGACAAUAAUUCAUUAUGAGAAAUUGAACUGAAAUAUCUUUAUCCAGUCUAAACUGAGGGAAAACAACUGCUAAAUCAUGUAGAGGAUUUAAUAAGCAGGAAAGGGUGCCAAAUAUUGUUAAACUGAAUUUAAUAGGUGGUAAAAGAGUAGACUAACGUUUCACCUACUUGAGAAAAAUGAUGAGCAAACAUGAAUAUUGUCCAGAUUUGUGCUCUGGAACAUGGUCUAUAGUAGUCUAAGUGUUCUUAUUUCAGUCUGACUGAUUAGUUCAGCCCUAAACAUCACAAUAAUUGAUCAUUUUCAGCAGUAAUAAUCAGCUGAAUAUCUGAGUUUUGUUCAGUGGCUUUGUUUACAUUCUGCUCGCCAAUAUGGCCGACUGAUAAAAUCUCAACUCCACCCUCAGAAAACAGUAAAUACAGUUAGAUUGUUUGUAAAAUCACAUACGAUCAUCAAUUAUUAUUUCAACAUUACCCAAGCUAUACAACAAUAUAGAGAUUUGUUUCCCAAUAAUGUCAAAUAAUAAAACCUAAAAAAUACUUUUGUUUUACGUGUAUUAUUUUUUGAUCUGUGACCACGAUACAUUUAGCCGGAAUUUGAUCCCAUACACAUGGCCUCCAUUUUUAAAUGAUCCAGGAUCUGUCAAAUCUUAGAUCUUUUAAGCGAGGUACAUUUAAUGGAGUCCAUGUGCUCGGGCAGUGUUUAUCACUUAUUCUGAACUAUUAGUUAAUAUCAGGUUAAUCAAUCUAUUGCAAAUAAAAACAAUCGUUUAAAAAAAAAAAAAGCUGAACAUUUUUCUUGUGGUCUAAUAAAAACCAACAACAAAUUGCAUUAUAAAUCAAGAACUGUUCAACCUGUUUUUCACUUCAUGCAUUAAAACAAGUGAAAAAUCUGCCAAUGCUACACUGCACUGAAUUAUUAAAGAUAUAUUACAAACAA